UGAAGGUUUGCGAUCGCCAUAAAUUGUCUUUUGAGUUGUUCUCGACUUGUGCAGUUUUCAGUUGUUAAAGUUGGAUCCUUCGGAGACUUGGAAUCCUUGAGAUCCAUCAGAUCUGUAAGAUUCUUCGUUAAUCUGUGUCCAUAAUGUUCGUUUGGAAAAUUCGCUACAGAGGUCCCAUGUGAUGAAUUUUCUUUAUUUUUUCAAAAACCCAUUUUUUUACUACAUAUGAGCCCUGAUCGAAUCUUUUUUACUAAACUUUACUAAAACCCGCUUAAUCCAUUAUUUCCUGUCAAAUCCGUGCAUUGGACUUUGAAUAUAAAAAGUGCACAAACGCCAAAUGACAAUUUCGACAUAAUUAUUAUACACCUAAAUGUGUAACGAUUUCUCAAUAACAAAUUACCAUAUGUUAAUCUUAUAUCCAUCACAUCAAAAAUUUGCGUUUUCUUAGCAACUCUAUCAUAGGGGGAGAGACUUUUUUCUUCAAACAAGUAUCAAACUGCGCUGGUAGUAUGAAAAAUCUCUAAAUGCUUUGAACCAUGAAUUAUAUAAUGACAAUACUGCACAUAUUGAAUACUGCAAUGGUCAAGGUUCAUGUGUGCAAUAGGUACCUAUGUAAACUAGAUCAGUUUAAUGGUUGUAGCGCAGUAAUUACCCUAACUCGAAAAUAUUUGCAGAAACCUAACAAACGAAACAUUUCGGUAUUAAGAACCAACGAGGUCCAGAUAAUUUGGAAAUUUCUAGCGGAAAACGAACGUUCAUUCAGCGCAAAUGGCUCGUGUAAGUGUAGUUGUUCUAUUUUUCUUCGUAGCAAAAGCAUUUGCUCAAAAUGGCACGCUUACUCUUGCCGAGCUUCCGAAGGGUGUGGUACAAGAAUUGAUCGUCAUGUUGGGAGGGCAGAAGCUCUCAGAAACCGUGGAGUGCGUCGAUCCUAUCCCGUCCGACGUAGAUUUUCUACUUUAUACGCGGGAUAACACAGCGGAUCCGGUCGUCUUAGAUCCCGCAAAUCCGUUGAAGUUGGACUCGAAUAAGCGAUUGAUUGUAAUCAUCCACGGAUGGGUGCAAGGAACGCGUGGUUAUGGAAUGCAAGAGGUGAAAGAUGCGUAUUUGUUCCGCUAUGAUGCUAACGUGGUGAUUGUGAACUGGGGACGGUUGGCCUUUGAUUUGUACAAUCGUGCCGUAUGCAAAUUGCCAAAGGUUGCCAAAAUCGUGACCGAUUUUCUGUGCCUGUUGGGUCAACGAAGCGACAUCAACUUGGAAGCGGUUCACCUUGUCGGUCAUUCCUUGGGAGGACAAAUGUCGGGAUUUAUAGGACAGUUUUCUAAGUUGGUGUGUAAGCAAACCAUUGGCCAGAUCACAGCGCUUGACCCAGCAGGGCCCUUGUACCACAACGCACCCAUCAAUCGGCGACUGGACGAAACCGAUGCCAAUUUCGUAUCAGUAAUGCAUACCAAUGGCGGAAUAUUGGGCUACGUAAGCAAAUGCGGUCACGUUGAUUUCUUCGUGAAUUGUGGCACCCUACAACCCGGCUGUGUGAUUCCGAAGAUCGACCUUAACUACUUGGUCAACAUUAAUCUGCUGUCAGUUGGAUGCCCUCAUUUCCGCGCAAUGGAUUUAAUGGUCGAAGCUGUACGUACCAACGAUUUUCAAGGGGUUCCCUGCGACGGAUGCCCCCUGAUUUGUCCGCCCAUCGCCAGCUUCUUUAAAGCAAAAACUAUCAUGGGAGAAACGACUCCGAAAACCGCUAGAGGCGGACAGUUUGUUGUAACUAACUUCAAAUCACCUUAUGCCAUUAAACUUCAAAUGGGCAUCGGUGCAUAAUUCGGGAAAUUUCAAAGAGUUAAAAUAAAUAGAUUAAAAAGUACUGACCGUUUACUGCGAGGAAAAAUGUAAGGAGAAGCACAAACGAGAGACGUUCCAUUUUCGAAAACACUUUCACCACUUAUGGAUUAUAUUUUGUAAUUAAUGCAAUUUAUAGAUUUUUCUUUUUUUACGUAAAAGGUUAUCUGGUUGGUUGUUUUUGUUGAUUUU